CGGGCACACAGCUGCCAAGAUGGCGGACCUGGAGGAGCGAGUGUCGGAUGAGGAGAAGGUGCGUAUAGCUGCAAAAUUCAUCACUCAUGCACCCCCUGGAGAGUUCAAUGAAGUAUUCAAUGAUGUCCGGUUAUUGCUUAACAAUGACAAUCUUCUCAGGGAAGGAGCAGCACACGCGUUUGCACAGUACAACAUGGAUCAGUUCACUCCGGUGAAGAUAGAAGGGUACGAUGAUCAGGUCUUGAUCACCGAACAUGGUGAUCUGGGCAAUGGCAGAUUUUUAGACCCAAGAAACAAGCUUUCUUUUAAGUUUGAUCACCUAAGGAAAGAAGCAAGUGAUCCCCAGCCUGAGGACACAGAAUCGGCUUUAAAACAGUGGAGAGAUGCCUGUGACAGUGCACUGAGAGCCUACGUCAAAGAUCAUUACCCCAAUGGCUUCUGCACUGUUUAUGGUAAAUCUAUAGAUGGACAGCAGACAAUUAUUGCCUGUAUUGAGAGCCACCAGUUUCAGCCCAAAAACUUCUGGAAUGGGCGUUGGAGAUCAGAAUGGAAGUUUACCAUCACACCACCAACAGCUCAAGUGGCUGCAGUGCUCAAAAUCCAGGUCCAUUACUAUGAAGAUGGCAACGUCCAGCUGGUUAGCCACAAAGACAUUCAGGACUCUGUACAGGUGUCAAGUGAUGUCCAAACUGCUAAGGAGUUUAUUAAGAUCAUAGAAAAUGCAGAAAACGAGUACCAGACAGCAAUCAGUGAAAACUACCAGACUAUGUCAGACACCACUUUCAAAGCCUUACGCCGGCAGCUCCCCGUCACCCGCACCAAGAUUGACUGGAACAAAAUCCUCAGCUACAAGAUUGGCAAAGAAAUGCAGAAUGCUUAAUGCAGAAACAAGGAGGUGUAUGAAACAUUUGUGUGCAAAAAAACAAACGUGGUCCUAUGCCAAGUAGAUGGUUUCUAAACCAGAGCAGCAUUUUUUUAGGGCUUUCAAAGUUAACAGGUUUUCUAGCCUGAGAGGGAACCAUGGAACAAAUAGUUGUCUUUGUGUUUUGUGUUUCCUGCCACAUAAACUUCCUGUUGUAGCUGCAUUUAAUAGGUCAUUUAAAUUCAGCCAUUCAUGGCUCAGAAGUACAGCUGUUUUCAGUCAGUGGCUGGAAAACUUCCUAGCUGGAAAAGCCCUAUUAUUACCCCAGGAGAAGGUGCAGAGCGUUCCCUUCACCUGUAUCCAGCACUCCAGGUAUCCAGUAAGUUUGUCAAACCUGCCAAGAGCUCACGGCGCUGCAAGACACAGUAAGUGUAAGACAGUGAGUCCUUGUGUAUCCUUAUUCCCAACCUCCACAAAGCAGAUGCCUGCAGGGUUAGAUUUUAGAAUCUAAGGAAAUGAGAAAUGUAGAAAAUGAGUUUACAGGAUCCUUUACAGAAUUCCCUACUGACCUAGCUCUUCCAGGGAUGUAACUUUUUUUUUUAAUCUGAAGGUUUGAGCCAUGUUCCCUAAAAGUGAACAUCUUUGUUCUCCCCUCCCUCGUGUACGUACGGUUACCAGACAUCUGCAUUUUUACAGAACUACAAGAUGAGUCACUGCUGAUCCACAAGGGCUGGAUGGUGAUUAAAAAUGCAAAUGUCUACAGAAUAGUAGGUAUGUUGUGCUUUAAUGCUUUGUGGCAGGCUCAUAGAUUUGUAUCACAGGUGUAUGGAUGAAUAGUGUACAAAAUAAAUAAACUUGCACCAAAGUGAAAGAAAAAAUCCUUUCCAUUUGUCUCAGUUGUGGACAGUUGUCGCUAAAGGACACAAAAUGAUUCACAUGACCACUCUCAGUGUCAGAACAAAAACCCAUGACUUUAUUCUCUGACU